AUGCAUCUCUUCUCUGUGCCUACAGUUAUCCUGUUCGCGAGUCUGGUGUUCGGUCAAGGGAACGUUGCCCCUGCAGCAGUUGAUGCCAACACUCUUGGCGGUGCAGAUGUCGCAGCUUCUCUGUUUAGCCUUUACAAGAGCGGAACACACCCAUCAGCCAGCCCCACUGCGGGCUCGACCGCUGUCCCUGUCACCUUCCAGACUGGCAGCCCUACCCUCGUAAUGGCAACCACCCCAUCUGCGACGACGAGCCUUGAAGCAACGACAUCUACGGCGGCCACCCCAGCGGCCGUUGUCAGUUCUGGCUCGUCGAUGUCCGCCAUGGCGAAAUCCUCUAGCCCAGCAGGGACAUCAAGCAAGACAGCAAGUGGACUCGCCACCGGAACCGCUAUGUCAAGUCCUACAAACGCCACAAAGACCACGGCUGCCUCCGCUUCGCCUACCAAGUCCAAGAAGAAUAGCGCCGGUCAAUUCCGUGGCGUCGCCGGUAGCGUUGGGAUCCCCCUAUUGGUCGGGGUGUUUGCAGGGCUUUAG